AUGUCCGCCGUCGCAACGGACCUGCACGGGGAGAAGGUGACCGAGGCACGCCCGGCGGUGGCCCGGCAGACGUCCAAUGUCGAGGCGCAAGAUGUCGAGGACCUCGACAAGGCCAUGACCUACGCCAUCGGCGAGAUUGGCGACCACUUCGACAUUGACUCUGACAACUCGCCGUACCCCGAGGUCCGCGCCAACGUGCCCAACACGGACGACCCGACCAUGCCGGUCAACACGCUCCGUAUGUGGGUUCUCGGCGUCGUCUUCACCAUGGUCGGGUCCGGCAUCAACCAGUUCUUCUCCAUGCGCUACCCCGGCGUCACCAUCUCGUCGCUCGUCGCCCAGCUCAUCUCGUACCCCGUCGGCUGCGCCGUCGCCCGUCUGCUGCCGGUGAAGAGGGUCCGCGUCCUCGGCCGCUGGGACCUCGUCCUCAACCCGGACAACCGCUUCAACAUCAAGGAGCACGCCGUCGUCACCAUCAUGUCCAACCUGUCCUUCGGGCCGUCGUGGGCCACCGACAUUAUCCAGGCCCAGAAGGCCUCGGCGUUCUACGGGCUCGACACCCCCGUCCCCUACCAAUUCCUCCUGGGCUUGUCGAUGCAACUGUUCGGUCUCGGCAUGGCGGGGCUGGCGUAUCGCUUCAUCGUCGAGCCGCCGCACAUGAUCUGGCCGUCGACCCUGGCCAACGCGGCCCUGUUCCAGACUUUGCACGGACGCGCCAACCCCCUAGCCGACGGCUGGAGGAUAUCGAGAUAUCGAUUCUUUCUGUACGUCUUCCUGGGCAGCUUCUGUUGGUACUGGCUUCCGGGAUACCUCUUCACUGGGCUGAGUACCUUUGCGUUCGUUUGCUGGGCUGCACCAAACAAUGUGGUGGUCAACAAUCUCUUCGGUAUGUCCACAGGCCUUGCCUACCUGCCAACCACAUUCGACUGGUCCCAGAUUGCCUACAACGGCUCUCCUUUGGUCGUCCCCUUUUGGGCGCAAGCCAACGUCUUCGCUGGCUGGGUCAUUCUCUUCGCACUCGUUACUCCCAUUCUCUACUACACCAACACGUGGUACACUGCAUACCUUCCGUUCUCGGGGGCCGACACGUACGACAACACCGACAAGAUCUACAACGCCACGCGGGUGGUCGGUAGGGAUGGGAACUUCAUGGUGGAAGAGUACGAGAAGUACAGCCCCCUCUUCAUGCCGGUAACCUUUGCGUUGAGCUACGGCAUCUCCUUCGCCGUUAUGACCUGCGUGCCGACCUACAUCUUCAUCAACUACUACAGGGACAUCAUCGGCGCCUUUAACCCGGGCCGGAAGAAGGACGUCCACACUCGCCUGAUCGAGAAGUAUCCCGACACGCCGUGGUGGUGGUACGGCAUCCUGACUGCCGUCGUGCUGGCCUUGACGAUCAUCGUGCAGGAGGUGUACAAGACCCAGAUGCCGGUCUGGGGCGUCUUCGUCGCUUUCGGCCUGGCCCUGGUCUACCUGAUCCCGACCGGCAGCGUCUACGCCGUCGCGAACCUCAACAGCAACGUUCUCACGGUGCUGGGCGAGAUCAUCUCGGGCUAUGCCGUCCCGGGCAAGCCCAUCGUGAUGCUCAUCUUCAAAUUCUACGCCUACACCGGCCUCAGCCAGGCCAUGAUCUUCUCCUCGGACAUGAAGCUCGGCCUGUACAUGAAGAUCCCGCGGCGGACUCUGUUCGCAGCCCAGCUCACUGCCUGCAUUACGGGCUCACUGACUCAGAACGCGGUCCUACUCUGGAUGCUCAACCACGUCAGGGAUAUCUGCCACGAGAGCCAGCCCAACGGCUACACCUGCCCGCAGGGACGGGUCAACUUUUCCUCGAGCAUCGUCUGGGGCGCCAUCGGCCCCGCCCGUCUCUACAGCGUUGGGAAGAUCUACUCGGGCCUCUUGCAUCUCUUCUGGAUUGGUGCCCUGUUGCCGGUGGUCACGUUCUUCCUCAAGAAGCGAUUCCCGAACAACAAGUUCCUGAGGUAUCUUCACUGGCCUCUUUUCUUCGCGGGGACCGGGAACGUGCCCCCUGCGACUGGGAUCAACUACACUUCGGCGUUUGUCGUCUCAUUCAUCUUCAACAAGUGGCUCAAGGGCAAAUAUCCGCAAUGGCGGGCAAAGUACAACUAUGUCCUCUCCGCCGCCCUCGACUCCGGCCUCGCGAUUUCUGCCAUUUUCAUCUUCUUCACCCUCGUUUUCCCCGGCGUCCAGCUCAGCUGGUGGGGUAACACGAUCCAGAAGACUACGGUUGACGGCCAGGGCAUUCCUCUGAAAGCCAUUCCUACGAACGGCACCUUCGGUCCUGCGACCUGGUCAUGA